CUGUAGCCAUUUUCAUAUUGUCCCUUAGUCUGAAGAAGACUAACGGAAAAGAUGCAUUGCAUAGGGUGGCUCACCUACACGAUGGCUGUUGCCAUCUGCAUAUCUUUGGCUUUCAACAUCGACACAAAUCCCUCCAACAUCAAUACCAUAGAUCAGAAAGAUUUCUUUGCAAACAAAGUGCUUCGAAUCAAGUCGAUCAAGAACACUGGAAUACUCAGCACUGAAGCCCAGCAGCCAAACGAAGAACUAUGCAAAUCUAAUCUAAACCAAACUCACCAGUGCUUAAUUAUGCCAGACAUUUCUCUCACAAACAAGAGAACACCAGUCAAGCACUUUGGACUGUCGAUAGCUGAAGACUCCACACUCUCCCUAUUCACUGUUUGCAGUCCAAGUGUAGUCCAUGAAUGUUAUGACAACUCCUAUUUGAACAGCGUGUGUUACAAGAUGACAGCUCCUCUACAGCCAGAUUCCUCUGUCACACCUAAUUUCCAAGACAUUACAAAACAGACAGUGGACCUCGUCUUUCUAUUCGAUGGAUCCGGGAGUAUGACUCAAGAAGAGUUCCACAAAAGUAAAGAUUUCAUAGUGGAUAUAAUGAAAAAUCUUUCAAGCUCAUCAAUCAAGUUUGCAGCAGUUCAGUUCUCUUCAGAUUACAGUAAGGUUUUUGACUUCAAUGACUAUCAAGCUGGUACUGCUCUUGAUAAACUCAUGAAAGAACCCCAUAUGAUGAAACUCACCAACACACACAGAGCACUCAAAUUUGUGCUGGAGCAAAUCUUUGAAAACCCAGAAGCAGGCGCAACUCCUAAUGCAACUAAAGUUCUGGUAAUAAUCACAGAUGGAGACCCCAGUGAUGCAGACAGACAUGGGAUUAUUAAGAAAUAUGAUGAAAAAGACAUAAUACGCUUUGUCAUUGGGGUGAAAGACGCUGCACUGUAUAGAUUAAGGCUCUUUGCUUCAGAACCAAAAGACAAACAUGUAUUUAAAAUUGAGAACUACGAGGGACUCACAGGAAUACUAGAAGACCAUAUAAAACAAAUCUUUAAACUUAAAGCUCUGGUAGAGGACAUCACUACUGAAAUGUCUCAGAGUGGAUUGAGUGCUGUCUUCCACAAGGUUUGCAGUCCAAGUGUAGCCCAUGAAUGUUAUGACAACUCCUAUUUGAACAGCGUGUGUUACAAGAUGACAGCUCCUCUACAGCCAGACUCCUCUAUCACACCUAAUUUCCAAGAGUGCAAAAAACAGACAGUGGACCUCGCCUUUCUAUUCGAUGGAUCCGGGAGUAUGACUGAAGAAGAGUUCCACAAAAAUAAAGAUUUCAUAGUGGAUAUAAUGAAAAAUCUUUCAAGCUCAUCAAUCAAGUUUGCAGCAGUUCAGUUCUCUUCAGAUUACAGUAAGGUUUUUGACUUCAAUGACUAUCAAGCUGGUACUGCUCUUGAUAAACUCAUGAAAGAACCCCAUAUGAAGAAACUCACCAUGACACACAAAGCACUCACAUUUGUGCUGGAGCAAAUCUUUGAAAACCCAGGAGCAGGCGCAACUCAUAAUGCAACUAAAGUUCUGGUAAUAAUCACAGAUGGAGACCCCAGUGAUGCAGACAGACAUGGGAUUAUUAAGAAAUAUGAUGAAAAAGACAUAAUACGCUUUGUCGUUGGGGUGAAAGACGCUGCACUGUAUAGAUUUAGGCUCUUUGCUUCAGAACCAAAAGACAAACAUGUAUUUAAAAUUGAGAACUAUGAUGGACUUACAGGAAUACUAGAAGACCUUAUAAAACACAUCUCUAAACUUAAAGAUGGCAAAGUGGCUCUGACAAAUGAAAUGUCUCAGAGUGGAUUCAGUGCUGUCUUCCACAAGGAUACCUUGAUUCUGGGUUCAGUGGGAUCUAACAGCGGGCGUCGUUUUAUCCAAAAGAUUCUUGAAGAAAAACAAAAACAAUUGAAAAGAAACUAUCCAGACAUGCAGAUGGACUACAUGGGAUACUUUACCUCUGUUGGAGAGAAGGAUUCUGUUCGUCUAUAUUUCACGGGUGCACCAAGAUUUGGACAGGUCACACUUUUCAGGCACAAUUGUGAGAACUGGAUUGCAGCCCAAAGAAUUAAUGGGGAACAGCCUGGUUCCCACUUUGGUGCAGAGCUAUGCCCAGUAGAUAUCAACUUAGAUGGUAACACAGAUUUCCUGUUGGUGGGAGCUCCACGGUUUUCCUGUCCUAAACGGAGAAGGGAAGGCCACAUAUACAUCUACAGACUGACUGAUGAGAUGUUACUGGAAAGUGUACUGAAUAUAACGGCACCUUCAGUGGGAAGAUUUGGCAGCGCCAUAGCCAGUCUUGCGGAUCUAAAUGGAGAUGGUCUCCGAGAUGUUGCAGUUGGAGCCCCCCUUGAGGAUGAUAACAGUGGGGCUGUGUACAUCUUCCUUGGUGACGGACACAGUGGGAUACGCAGCACUUUCAGUCAGAGGAUCAUGGGACAGAAAAUAAAACCUGAGCUGAGAUUCUUUGGAUAUACCAUUGAUGGGGACAUUGACCUUGGAGAGAAUGGACUCCCAGAUAUUGUGGUUCGAUCACUGGGUACGGCUGUUGUCUUAAGUUCCAGGCCAGUCUUUAAAGUCAAGCCUCAUCUGUCUUUUCAACCUGAGAGGAUAAGCACUGAGAGAAUUGAAAAUUUACCAAUGGUUACCUUAACAGUCUGCUUUGAGAUGGUAGAAACAACAAAUAGGAAACAGGGAUCAACAAGCUCUGGAUUAAUCAUCUCCUACACACUCAAUGUGGAUCCAAUGAAACAAACACAUCGAGGUUUCUUCAGUCAAACUGAUGAGAAAGCUUGGAAUCUAACUUCGACCUGCAAACUGAGUGAUAAAGACACCUGCUUCAACCACUCCAUCUACAUGCCGAAUUUUGUGGAUGACACAGUAUCACCCGUCAGCAUCAGUCUAAACUUCUUCCAAGUUGACAGUGAGAGCGCGAGUGCCGUCCUGAACAUGGACAGCAAGAGGGAGGCUGUUGUUGAGGUUCCCUUUCAAGAGUAAAGUUGAGAACCUGUAUUGUUGAACUUGAGGUAGAUGUAAGUAUGCACAUCUGACAGCAGGAGAGAAGCAUGAAGAACAAAGAAUGAGCCAGGACUGAAAUUACUCUGAUUAAAACCAGAAUUUGUUUAAAAUUAAGUGGAAAAUAAUGAGUAUAUUGUUGCUGUUGUAUGUAUACUGUACAGAUGAGGGCAAUUGUUUGAGUACAGUACUCCUCCUCCUACUACAAUUUACUGCUUGUUAAUUUACUGCUGCUCAUCAUUGUAAUCAUGUAUAAUCAGUGUAUAUUACAAACAUUCAUAGAUACAUAUAUUUGUUGUAACUUUUGUACUAGACAACAAAUGGCAUGAAAAGGAAA